ACCAGCACGCAAGAAAACAGAAAUAAAUACUACAUUAUCCAGCUUUUGGAAAGCGAUACCGAAGAGCGUUACUGGGUAUGGUUCCGAUGGGGACGUGUUGGUUAUAAGGGGCAGACAAGUCUCGUUCCAUGCGGUGCAAAUUUGCCUGGAGCAAAAAGCUUGUUCUGUAAUAAAUUUGUGGCCAAAACAAUGAAUGAUUGGGGGGAGCGAGCCAGUUUUGUUAAAGUGGCUGGCAAGAUGCGUCAGCCACCACUUAUCAAGACCCAGAAACAGCUCAAAGCAGAAAUAAAACUUUUGGAAGCACUGAGCGAAAUUGGCAUGGCUGUACGAACGUUCAAAAAGGAAUCGGAAAGAAUCGAUAUUCAUCCAAUCGAUCGCCACUAUAUGAAUAUGCAGUGCGAGAUUUCAGUUCUUCCGGAUGACGAUCCUCAGAUGCGUCAGCCACCACUUAUCAAGACCCAGAAACAGCUCAAAGCAGAAAUAAAACUUUUGGAAGCACUGAGCGAAAUUGGCAUGGCUGUACGAACGUUCAAAAAGGAAUCGGAAAGAAUCGAUAUUCAUCCAAUCGAUCGCCACUAUAUGAAUAUGCAGUGCGAGAUUUCAGUUCUUCCGGAUGACGAUCCUCAAUAUAAGCUUGUUGCCGAUUAUCUCGAAUGGACGCAUGCUCCAACACAUAAUAUGUACAAGGUGCAUAUCCGUACUUUAUACGCCAUAUGCCGAAACGGUGAGAAGGAACGCUUUAUGUCUCAUCUUGGAAAUAGGUUAGUCUUAUCGAUGUUCCGUCUUUAUCACUGCAUUACUGUGUUUUUUAUUGACCGGUGUAACUUAAAUUUGGAAGAUAUUGUUAAAAACGAAAAGUAG